AUGCUGGUGGGCCAAACCAAGCUCUGCAAAAUCCUAGGCCUGAAAAGAAAGCCCAAUACUGGUGGGCCAAACCAAGCUCUGCAAAAUCCUGGCCUGAAAAGAAAGCCCAUUGCUGGUGGGCCAAACCAAGCUCAGAAAAAUCCUUGCCCUAAUAGAAAGCCCAAUGCUGGUGGGCCAAACCAAGCUCAGAAAAAUCCUGGUCCGAAGAGAAGGCCCAAUGCAGGUGGGCCAAACCAAGCUCUGCAAAAUCCUGGUCCGAAGAGAAGGACCCAAUGCUGUGGGCCAAACCAAGCUCUGCAAAAUCCUGGUCCGAAGAGAAGGCCCAAUGCUGGUGGGCCAAACCAAGCUCUGCAAAAUCCUGGUCCGAAGAGAAGGCCCAAUGCUGGUGGGCCAAGCCAAGCUCUGCAAAAUCCUGUCCAAGAGAAGGCCCAUUGCAGGUGGGCCAAAACCAAGCUCGCAAAAUCCUGGUCCGAAGAGAAGGCCCAUUGCAGGUGGGCCAAACCAAGCUCUGCAAAAUCCUGGUCCGAAGAGAAGGCCCAAUGCGGGGGGGCCAAACCAAGCCUCUGCAAAAUCCUGGUCCGAAGGAGAAGGCCCAAUGCAGGUGGGCCAAACCAAGCUCUGCAAAAAUCCUGGUCCGAAUAG